CCGACUGUUUCAAACAACACGAGCUUGAAUCACGAACGAUAUAUUGCUCUGUGUAAAAGUAUUAUCAUCAUGUCCGACGCCGAUGCACAAUUGCAAGAGGAAGAUAAGUUCUCGGACAUCCUGCCCGAUGGCUCUAGUCGAGCAGUAUCCUUGACUGAUUCAAGAGCUGUCACACCUCAACCUAGAAACCGAUCGCAUCUCCGCAAGGAAAUUCAGAACGAGAACGGCGACGAUGACGAUCCUACUUCCGAGGCAGGCGAUAUCGACCCGGAGGAAGAGAACCGAGAGGAGGAGGAAGUAGAUGCCAUGGAUGUGGACGGGGACGAUGAGGCGACCACGUCAAAGCAAAUCGCAACCCCAAGCAAGCGUCAACAGCAAGAACAGCGUCGAGCUCAGAACCGAGCUAUCGAGGGGAAGAAGGGUAACCUAGAGAAGAUCAAACUUGCCGAUUCUAUGAAGCGAUUCUCGUACCUCAUGGGCCAAACCGAGCUGUUUGAGCAUUUCUUGGAGAUCAAAAAAGAGCGCGACCCCGAAUUCGCGAGGAUGAUUGAGGAACAGCAGGCUAAGAAGGAUGCCAAGGGCAAGAAGAAGGCCGCUGGGACGAGACAUCGCAAAUCUGAAAAGGAAGAGGAUGAAGAGCUGAUCAAGCACGACGACGAGGACGAGGACGAGGGGGUUUACGUAUAUGACGAGAGCCCGGCAUUCGUCAAGGGGGGCAAGAUGCGAGACUACCAGGUCGCUGGACUGAACUGGAUGGCUUCGCUGCAUCACAACGGUAUCAACGGAAUCUUGGCAGACGAGAUGGGUCUUGGAAAGACUUUGCAAACGAUUUCCUUCUUGGGACACCUCAAAUUCCGUUGCGAUAUUACCGGGCCGCAUUUGAUCGUAGUGCCUAAAUCGACAUUGAACAACUGGGACCGAGAAGUGGCCAAGUGGGUUCCGGGUUUCAACACGAUCGUUCUCCAGGGAGCCAAGGAGGAUAGGGCCGUGAUGAUCAAGGAGCGUAUCAUGACGUCCGACUUUGACGUCUUAAUCACGUCGUACGAGAUGUGUCUUAGGGAAAAGUCGGUCCUGCAGCGAUACGCGUGGGAAUACAUCAUCAUCGACGAGGCGCACCGAAUCAAGAACGUCGACUCGCUCCUGAGUCAGAUCGUCAGGAGCUUCUCUAGUCGAGGUCGACUCUUAAUCACUGGAACGCCCUUGCAAAACAAUUUGCAAGAACUUUGGGCGCUGUUGAACUUCAUUCUGCCUGAUGUCUUCUCUUCCAGCGAUGACUUUGACACCUGGUUCAAAGGCAAGGGAGAUUCAGAUGAACAGCAGCAACAGGUCGUCACCCAACUUCAUAAAGUCUUGCGACCCUUCUUGCUGCGCCGAGUCAAGGCCGAGGUCGAGCACUCCUUGCUUCCCAAGAAGGAAAUCAACUUAUAUGUCGGGAUGUCCGACAUGCAGAAGAAGUGGUACAAGAGCUUGUUGGAGAAGGAUAUCGAUGCUGUGAACGGUGCCGCUGGCAAGAAGGAGGGGAAGACUAGGCUAUUGAACAUUGUGAUGCAAUUGCGAAAGUGUUGCAACCAUCCUUACCUGUUUGAUGGAGCUGAACCCGGUCCGCCUUAUACCACCGAUGAGCAUCUAGUCGACAAUUCUGACAAAAUGAGGAUCCUCGACCGACUUCUGAAGAGAAUGCAGGAGAAAGAUUCUCGAGUCCUGAUCUUCUCGCAGAUGAGCCGUGUCUUGGAUAUUUUGGAGGACUAUUGUCAAUUCCGAGGAUACAAAUACUGUCGUAUCGACGGAGGUACCGAUCACGAAACGCGAACGGCUUCUAUCGACGAAUACAACAAGCCAGGGAGCGAAAAGUUCAUCUUCUUGUUGACGACACGAGCCGGAGGUCUGGGUAUCAACCUGGUCACUGCCGAUAUCGUCGUCUUGUUUGACAGCGAUUGGAACCCUCAAGCCGAUUUGCAGGCCAUGGAUCGUGCCCAUCGUAUCGGUCAGACCAAGCAGGUAUAUGUAUACCGAUUCAUCACCAAAGAUGCAAUUGAGGAGCGAAUUAUUGAACGAGCGAUGCAAAAGCUGAAGCUUGAUCAGAUGGUUAUCCAAGCUGGUCGAGCUCAACCGGCGGCGAAAGCUGCACAAAACAAGGAGGACCUCCUGGACAUGAUUCAACACGGAGCGGGCAAGAUCAUCAGUUCCAAGGAGAGUUUGACUGUCGAUGAUGACAUCGACAAGAUUAUUCGAGAAGGAGAGGAAAGGACCGCCGUCCUGAACAAGAAGUACGAGGGUAUGAACCUGGAUGCUUUAACCAACUUCCAGCCCGAGCUCGAUACAAGAACCUGGGAGGGCCAGAACUACGGUGGUAUCAAAUCUGGCGGACCUGGCUGGAUCGAUCUUGGCAAACGUCAGGCCAAGGAGGUCAGUUAUGCCGUCGACCAGUAUUUCUCGAACGCCAUGAAGGGCAACCAGCCUCCCAAGGAUGAUAAGCCAAAAGUGCCGAAAGCACCGAAACAGAUCGACCUUCAACCGCAUCAAUUCUACCCACCUCGCUUGGCCGAGCUGCAAGAAAGAGAAUUGAACGCUUGGAGGAAGGAGAACAACUUGCCAGCAGAGAAGCCUGAGGUGAAAGAGGGGGAAGCCUCGGAAGAGGCCGCUGACAAGAUGAAGGAGGACGCCCAGGCGUUGAUCGAUGCCGCGGAGCCUCUGACUGAAGAAGAGCGAGAAGAGAAAGCAGCACUGGUGGAGCAGGUCUUCACAAACUGGAACAAACCCGAACUACGAAAAUUCCUCGAGCUUUCGGGAAGGUAUGGCCGAACCGCACAUGCGGCGAUCGCUGCCGAGAUGGACAACAAGACCGAGGAAGAUGUCGAGACAUAUGCCGAAGUCUUCUGGCAGCGAUACAAGGAGAUUCCAGGUUGGGAAGGUUACAUGCGAAAAUACGAUGACGAGGAGAAACGACGGGAAAAGCUGAAGCAGGACAAGGACUUGCUUUUCGCAAAGAUCAGUGGCUCCAGGUUCCCUUUGCAGAAGCUCGACAUCAGCUACGGUCAAAACAAGGGGAAGCAAUAUAGCGAGGAUGAGGAUCGAUUCUUGCUGGUUAGGUUAAACCAUUAUGGACUCGAACGCGAUUAUGCCUACGACAUGAUGAAGAGGGAUAUUGGCGAAUGGCCUGAUUUCCGUUUCAAUUGGUUCAUCAAAUCGAGAACCCCCGAGGAGCUCAAGAGGCGCUGCGCGCAAUUGUUGACCUGUCUCCACAAAGAUGUGGAUGUCAAGCCUGACGGCAAGGCUCCAGCGCCAAAGCGACGCAAGGUAGAAGAUACCGUGACGAUUUCGCGGGACGGUACUCCAGCUUCCAAUGGCAAGGGAAACAAGAAGCGGAAGUAGGGCAGGAUGCGAGGUGACUUUCGCUCCUGAUUACAUAAUGACAAGCUCAGACCACAUUUUGUACAUUUGCCUACUAUCUGCCUUACCUUCACGACCAUACCGAUAUAUCGAUGCGCACGAGAUGCUUUAGUGAGCUUUCACUGCACAGACAAAUCGUCGACUUUAGUCAUUGCCC